AUGGACGACGAGCCUACGCCCUCGGAACGUCAAGCGAUGCGGUCGUAUCGAAGCGACAGUAGCAGCAGCACACCAACUUCCAAGCGCAGCAGCAGACGACAUGGCAUUUUCUCGAGGAAGGCAUACCGCGAUCCGGUUGUCAGUGCAAAAGCUAGGAUCAGUUUCGCCUUUGGUGUUACCUUGUUAGUUGCUCUGAUAAUCUACCUGGUCCUUGCCGGUACAGGUGUCGCGGAGAAUACCAUGUUUCAUGUAAUAUCCAUCCUUUUCCUGUUGACGUUAACGGGAAUCUUUGUCCAUCAACUCCUCCACGCGGACAUGCAAGAGGUCAUCCUAGAACCCGACGACAGCGUGCUCGUAAACCUGCCGAACCCGAGCUCAUCCCAGAGAAGCCGAUUCCAAUACACAUGGCUUCUGACACAGGCUUCGGCCCAGAUGUGGAAGCUCAGCCAAUUAUUCAACAACCUCCGCCUGUGUACGGAAACCUUCGAACCAGCAUGA